AUGAAGAUGAAUUUUACGUACAUAACGACAGUUCCGUUGAGCACGGCAUUGAUAGACAUAUCGCUGAGCAAGACACAAAAAAGGACGCCGACGAUUGUGCAUCCGCAGUACAACAUCAUAAAGAUACGUGCGUUCUACAUGAGGAAGGUGAAGCAUGCAAGCAACGAGUUUGGAUCAAGGCUUGGGACGAUUCUGAGCGACUUUCCAAGGCUUGAGGAUGUGCAUCCGUUUUAUGGCGAUCUGAUAAAUGUGCUUUAUGACAGGGAUCAUUACAAGUUGGCGCUUGGGCAUGUGAAUGUGACGAAGAACGGGAUUGAGAAGGUAAGCAAGGAGUUUGUGAAGCUGCUGAAGUUUGCAGACAGUCUGUACAGAUGCAAGCAGUUGAAGAGGGCGGCGCUUGGGAAGAUGGCGUCAUCAGCAAAGAAGCUCGGAAAGACACUGGAGUAUUUGGAGGAGGUUAGGAUGCACAUGAGCAGGCUUCCAGCAAUAGACCUGAGUGGAAGGACUCUGCUUGUGUGUGGGUUUCCGAAUGUUGGCAAGAGUUCGUUUGUGAACAAGGUGUCGAGAGCGGAUGUGGAGGUGCAGGCGUAUCCGUUUACAACAAAGAGCCUGUAUGUUGGGCAUUUUGACUAUAAGUAUCUGCAGUGGCAAGUGAUUGAUACACCGGGGAUUCUUGAUCAUGCGCUUGAGGACAGGAACACGAUUGAGAUGAUGAGCAUUACGGCGCUUGCACACAUCAAGGCGCUUGUGCUGUAUUUUGUUGACCUGAGCGAGAUGUGUGGGCAUAGCAUUGAGGAGCAGAUUGGGCUAUUUGAGACACUAAGCCCGUUGCUACGAUCUAAUAUGAUGAUAGUGCUGAGCAAAAGCGAUAUUAUGAGGCUAUCUGAUGUCAAGAAUGGAAGCGCGAUAAUGAAGUUUCUUGAGGGAAAGAAGUAUAUGGAGAUGAGCAGCGAGAAGGAAGAGAAUGUGGAAGCGGUGAAAGCAAUGGCAUGCGAUCUUUUGCUUGAUGAUAGAGUUGAGAAGAAGAUGGAAAACGACAACAUUGCGGAAUACAUCAACAGGAUUGCGAUUGUGAAGCCGAAGAGGCUAAGGGAGAAGGAGGAGUCGUUUGUGUGCUCGAGGGAGAUUACUGAGAUGAGGAAUGAGCAGGAGGGGUAUUUUGUAAAGGAUGAGUAUAGGUACGACAUAGUUCCAGAGAUAUUUGAUGGGAAGAAUGUUGUUGACUUUUUUGACGAGGAUAUUGAAAGAAAGCUCAGUGAGCUUGAAGCAGAUGAGGAGGCAAUGUUCCCGAUGUAUUGCAAGACAUAUGAUCUCCUGUCGGCAGAGGAAAGAGAUGCAAAGGAGCAGAUUGUGGUCAAGAUUGAGGAGAGACGGCUUGUGUGCAAGAUGAAUGAAAAGAGAAAGCUGCCUGCAGGAUGGAAACUUAGGUCAAGAAACAGCGGGACGGAUAUUGUUGUUGCGCCAAGAAGAGACAGCAGGGCAAUACAGCUUGCGCAGCCUUCUAAACCAGCACCUAAGAAGGCCAGGUUUGAUACGAAUGGAUAUUAUGAUCGUAAGCCAAAACACGCUUAUAUUGGGAAGAAUCAUAGAUGA